GUUUUCAAUUAGGAGGGUAGAUGACAUUGAUGGCCACGAGCGAGUUGGAGACUCGGAGUCGCCUUCUUAAAAGUUGAAUUUGAAUUAUGUAAGCACUGCAUCCAACACUUUUUAAUUGACCGCAGUUGUAUAUUUUCAUAAAUUACAACGAAAAUUCACAAUCCAGAUUGCUAGCUAUCCCACAAUUAGGGUUUCGAGUGUUUUGGUGACAUUAGGGUUUUUAUCGUGUGAAGUCCCUUUGCUUAACCGCAUUGGAGUUUGAGAAAUGGCGACAGAGUCAUCAGAAGGAGAAGAUGAGGGGAAGAUAACCGGAGGGAACCAGCAUCUGAUUGUGGACGACGAUCUUAGAGAGAUGGGCAAGAAGGCUGCUUGGAGUGUCAGUUCGUGCAAGCCCGGCAAUGGCGUCUCUUCUCUCCGUGAUGAAAAUCUUGAAACAUAUUGGCAAUCAGACGGUGCACAGCCUCAUUUGGUGAAUGUUCAGUUCCAGAAGAAAGUGAAGCUGCAGUUGGUUGUUCUAUAUGUUGAUUUCAAGCUUGAUGAGAGCUAUACACCAAGUAAAAUUUCCAUUCGAGCUGGUGAUGGAUUUCACAACUUGAAGGAGAUAAAAACUGUGGAGCUUGUCAAGCCAACUGGUUGGGUUUAUAUAUCAUUAUCUGGAAAUGAUCCUCGGGAAACUUUUGUCAAUACCUUUAUGUUGCAAAUCAUUGUGAUGUCAAAUCAUCUCAAUGGGAGGGAUACUCAUGUCCGCCAGAUUAAAGUUUAUGGGCCUCGACCAAACCCUAUUCCGCACCAACCAUUUCAGUUUACUUCUCGAGAAUUUAUUACUUAUUCUUCUGUGAGAUGAGAAUGUAGCCUAGUAGACGAGAGCCAGUGUGUCAUUCUGGAGAGGAUUACAGAUUCUGGACAUGUAAAAUCUGUAACAGCUUAGUGCUCCUAUUUCUCUUGAAACUCAAGUCUACGAAUUAUUCAACAGAAAUGUUGUCAUCAGCUGAGGAGCUUAGAAAUGGGGCCAUUUCCUGAUUUUGUUCUUCCUAAUUGCAUUUUCUUUGCUCAAGUGAUUUACAUCUCCAAGUGAGCAUCUAAGCAAUUUGCACUGCCACUGCCACUGCCAGAUGGUUUGAUGUUCUGUGGUGAUCUUGCUUUGUUAUGUACCUCUUUUUUUGAUAAAUUGCUUUGGAAUGUACUUGCCCUUAGCUCCAUGGGGAUAAACUAUUAAUUGGUACUUCAAUGUGACUGGCAUUAUUUCAAAGUGACUGGUUUACAUUUUUACCGAUGGAUUAGAGACCCAA